GUCUUUACCGUUCUGGCUCUCGCGCUCGUCCCUCUCCCCCGCGCCAGUCAAUGCUUCAGGUCGCACCUUCCCUUGGUGUCUCGCCUAUGCGAGGGAAACAGAACAAAGCCGAGGGCUUUACCUGAGCUAUUUCGAGGAAAGGGACAGUUGUGAUUUUCUACAAAUACAUUUUUUCCGAAAGCUCUGUGUAAAACGGAGAGGAGGGAAAAGGUGACACAUGCGCAGACAUGAACGAGACUUUCCUCGGUAACGACACUGUGGCGACAGCCACGUUGGCUGGAAAGGCUUUCCCGUGUAUGGAGGCCAACUAUCCAGAGAGAAACGGCAGCCUGGAACUCUCCGCCGCCCAGCAGGACUUCCCCAUCAACCCGUGGGACAUCAUGCUUUGCAUGUCGGGCACCGUCAUCGCCUGUGAGAACAGCAUCGUGGUGGCUAUCAUCUUCUAUACGCCCACCAUGCGCACCCCCAUGUUCGUUCUCAUAGGGAGCCUGGCCACUGCGGAUUUACUGGCAGGCAUGGGAUUAAUCCUCAAUUUCGUGUUCCAGUACGUCAUCUCCUCAGAGACUAUCAGUCUUAUUACUGUUGGGUUCCUAGUGGCCUCCUUCACGGCGUCCAUCAGUAGCCUGCUGGCUAUAACGGUGGACCGGUACUUUUCUCUCUACAACGCACUGACUUACUUCUCGGAGAAGACGCUCCACUAUGUGCACCUGAUGCUGGCGGGCACGUGGGGCGUGUCUAUGUGCCUGGGCCUGCUACCCGUGCUGGGCUGGAACUGUCUGGACGACCCGAACUCGUGCAGCAUCGUGCGCCCGCUCACUCGCAGCAACGUGACAUUGUUGGCGGUCUCCUUCUUCGUCAUCUUCAUACUCAUGCUGACUCUCUACUUCAAGAUCUGCAAGAUCGUAUGCCACCACGCGCACCAGAUCGCUCUUCAGAAGCACUUCUUCACUGCCUCGCACUACGUGGCCACCAAGAAGGGCGUGUCCACGCUGGCCAUCAUCCUGGGCACCUUCGGCGCGAGCUGGCUGCCCUUCGCUAUUUACUGCCUGGUGGGAGAGCGCGAGUACCCGUUGGUGUACACGUACGCCACGCUGCUUCCGGCCACCUACAACUCCAUGAUCAACCCAAUCAUCUACGCCUACCGUAAUGCCGAGAUCCAGCGCUCGCUCUACGUCCUUUUCUGCGGCUGCUUUCAGACCAACGUAGCCUACCGCUCCAGGUCACCCAGUGAAGUUUAGAGGGGUGCUGAGUGAACUCUGAUGACAGUGUGUUUGUGUGUUGGCCACCGACAAUUCGCUUUCAGUUGACUGUAAAUGCUUUAAACAAGUGGAUUCGGCGCUCAAAUGUAUAUCUAACAUAAGCAUCUGCACUUUAUUGCAACUGAAGACCAGGACACAGUCCGUCUGAAAUGCUGUGAACAACAACUUUUGUGAUGAAAAGAAAAACGUCAUCAUGAAUGUAUUUAUAUUAAAAAAAUAUGAAAAAAACUAGCACUUUAUUAUGUAUUUGAAAUGCCAAAGCAGUAUUGCAUUGGCCUAUAUAUAUAUGUUGGAGUUGUACUUUGUAUUUGUCAGUAAUGUGGGUCAUUUUCUAUUUUGUAAAGGUGUCUAUAUUGUACAUUUUAUAAGAGAUGAGUAUAUGAAUAAAAUGAGAAAAUAAGAACUGAA